AUGCUCAGACCAGAAAAAACUGCCUGGCGUUUGGGAUUCUUACAUACCUUUGCUUUCUGUCUGUUUCUGAGUGACUGUUUUGCACAGAUCCGUUAUUCUGUCCCUGAGGAACUUACUCGGGGAGCCUUUGUAGGAAAUCUUGCUAAGGAUUUAGGAAUGGAUGUAACAAAGCUUGCAGCUGCCAAUCUGCAGGUGCUUUCUGAUUCCGACUUCCAGUAUUUCUCUGUGAAUGUGAACACUGGAAUCAUAAUAAUCAAUGACAGAAUAGACAGAGAGCAGCUUUGUGGCCAGAACCUGCGAUGUUUCUUGCAUCUUAAACUUGCUAUUGAAAACCCGGUGGAGUUCUAUCGCAUCGAAGUGGAGAUUCUGGAUAUCAACGACAAUGCUCCUGAAUUCUCAAGUAGCACAAUUGUUCUGCAGAUCUAUGAAUUGGCUGCCCUGGGUGCCCGUUUCCCUAUUCCACAUGCACAGGAUCCAGAUAUAGGAACAAAUACUUUGCAAACUUAUCACCUCAGCAUCAAUGAGAACUUCAGCCUUAAUGUGAAGGCACGCACCGAUGGCACCAAAUUCCCAGAACUAGUUCUGGAGAAAACAUUGGACAGAGAGCGUGUGGCUAUCCACAAUUUGAUCCUAACAGCUGAAGAUGGGGGCACAUUCCCCAGAUCUAGCACUGUACAGAUUGCUGUCCAUGUUCUGGAUGCUAAUGAUAAUCAUCCAGUUUUUGACAAACCCACUUACAAUGUCCGCUUGGUAGAAAACUCUCCUCCUGGGACACUGGUGAUUAAGCUGAAUGCAACCGACUUUGAUGAAGGGUCUAAUGGACAGGUACGGUAUUCCCUCAGCAGUCAUAACUCUGAAGCUUUGUGCAGAAUAUUUGCUAUUGAUAAUAUCACAGGAGAAAUUUGUGUUCAAGGGACUCUUGAUUUUGAAGAGGCCAGCAUAUAUGAAAUUGAAGUGGAAGCUAAGGACAUGGGUUCCCCUACCAUGGAACAGCAUUGCAGUGUUAUUGUAGAAGUGACAGAUGUCAAUGAUAAUGUCCCUGAAGUCAUACUCACAUCUUUCUCCAGUUCCAUGAGUGAAGAUGCACCUCCUGGCACAGUAGUUGCUGUGAUACAUGUCAAAGAUAAAGACUCUGGGGAUCAAGGGAAGGUCCAGUGUGAUUUGUCAAAAAAUCUUCCUUUUAAACUUCGGAAGGAUUUUGAGCACCAGUAUUCCUUGCUCAUUGGUGAGCAACUGGAUCGUGAGAACUCUUCUCAAUACAAUAUCACUAUCUGUGCCUUUGACUUAGGAAAUCCAUCUCUCUUGCAACAGACAUCUUUCUCCAUUACUCUGGCAGAUGUUAAUGAUAAUCCACCUCAGUUUGACAGGUCAUUUUAUGAAGUCAUCAUAGAAGAGAACAAUCCAGCAGGAGUGAUUCUCCUUAAGGUUUCUGCAACAGAUGCAGAUAAAGACCAGAAUUCCCAGCUAUCUUACAUUGUUUUGUCCAGUCCAGGACAAGAACUGAUUGAAGAUCUCACUUCUUUCAUCUCCAUUAACCCAAUAAAUGGGGAAGUUUUUGCAGAGAGUUCUUUUGAUUAUGAAUGUACCAAUCAUUUUCAGUUUCAGGUGGAAGCUUGUGAUGGUGGUUCUCCUUCUCUCUGCAACAGGGUUAUGGUGCACAUUUAUCUACUGGAUCAGAACGACAAUGCACCAAAGGUUCAGUUUCCUUUUACUGGGAAAGAUUCAGUUGUACAAUUCAGGAUUCCUCGAUCUACUAUGGCCAAAGCUUUAAUCACAAAAAUUAUUGCUGUGGACUUGGAUUCUGGGCAAAAUGCUUGGCUAUCUUAUCAUCUAAAACAAGCCACAGAUCUUAGUCUGUUUAGCAUAAGUCUUCACAAUGGGGAAAUGAGGACUCUGCGAAUAAUACAGGACCUAGACAAUCCUACCCAGGAACUAAUUAUAGUUGUCAAAGAUUCAGGAGAACUUUCCAUGUCUACCUCAGUUACUGUGAUCAUAUUCCUGGAAGAGAGCACUUCUGAAGUGUUUCUAGGGUUAAGUGCACACUCUGUGAAAAGUGAGAGACCGCCCACAUUGACUUUAUACCUUAUUAUCUGUUUGGCAGCAAUUUCUACUAUCAUGUUGAUUGCUUUGGUGGCCCUGGGAGCAAGAUGUCUUCACUGUAAUGCUCUUGCAACAUCUACUAUCUUUGGAUGCUGUGGAGGAAAAGCUAGUGGACUUGAAAAUGUCCCAGAUCACAUGACGGGACAUUAUCAUUAUCAGCUGAGCCCUGGAGAUGCCAUGAUUGGAGUACAGGUAGCCACUUCAGGACCUCCAGUCAGAGGAUACAGAUCUUGCUUUUCUCCUGUAUCAGAUAUCAGCGAAUUUGUGUUUAUGAAACCUAAUUUGACUCUUAGGGCAGCCUCUUGCAGCAAUCUAACUGAAGCCAGCUUCUUUCAUAAGAUUCACUACUCCAUCCCAGAGGACCAGGAUCCAGGCUCUUACGUGGGGAAUAUUGCCAAGGAUCUGGGAGUGGAUGUGCGGACUCUGCGUGCUCGCCGCUUGCAGCUGGUCAGUGAGGGAAUGCGCCAAUACUUCCAAGUGAACCUGGCAGACGGCAUGUUACUCGUCAAUGAGAGGUUAGAUCGGGAAAUGCUGUGUAGCUCCAGCCCCAGGUGUUCUUUUCCUUUUCAGUUGGUGCUGGAGAAUCCAUUGCAACUUAACCGGGUGGAGGUGGAGAUACUGGAUGUGAAUGACAAUGCCCCCCGAUUCCCAAAGGACACUGUUUCUUUAGAAAUCACUGAGGUUGCCAACCUAGGCACCCGGUUACGGCUGGAAGUUGCAGAAGAUCAAGACACUGGUUCCAAUUCCAUUGCAACCUAUGAGCUCAGUCCAAAUGAACAUUUUGCUUUGAGUAUCAAUAUCAGAGGAGAUGGGGUCAAAAUACCUGAAAUUGUAUUGGAAAAGCUCCUGGACAGGGAAAAAGCAGCUACCCAUAAUUUAAUCCUGACUGCCCUAGAUAGUGGAAAUCCUGUUCAGUCAGGCACUGUUCAGGUAACAGUCCAUGUUCUUGAUGCAAAUGAUAAUCCUCCAGUGUGUGAACCACCUGUAUCAAAGGUUUAUUUGGAGGAAAAUAUCCAGGUUGGGACUAUUGUAACAAAACUCAAUGUUACUGACUUAGAUGAAGGACCUAAUGGAGAAGUUGAAUAUUUCUUUAAAUCCAGCAGCAGUGUACAGCUAAAACUCCUUGAUGUGUUUAGUCUGGACUCUCAAACAGGGGAAAUCAAGACAAAAGUUUUAUUGGAUUAUGAAGAAGCCAAUGCAUAUGAAAUAGCCAUCUACAUUAAAGACAAGGGAUCCCCUGCUAUGGAAGGUCAUUGCAAUAUUAGAGUAGAACUUGUUGAUGUUAAUGACAACAGUCCAGAGAUUACGAUGACCACUCUUUCUAGCUCAGUACAAGAAGAUGCACCCUUAGGAACAGUCAUUGCACUUAUCCAAGCAAAGGACAAUGAUUCUGAAGAAAAUGGGCAAGUCCGCUUAGAGAUUCCAAGACAUGUACCAUUUAAAUUGGUGUCUUCAUUUAAAGGACAUUAUUCACUAGUGACUAAUAGCCCACUUGAUCGAGAGAAGACCGCUGGAUACAGUAUCACAAUUAAAGCAACAGAUUCUGGAAUACCUCAAAAGUCAACUGAAAAAAAUAUAUUAAUUCAAGUUUCAGAUAUCAAUGACAAUGCGCCCACUUUCUCCAUCCCUUCCUACACAGCCCAUGUGGAGGAAAAUACAUCUCCUGGAACUCUAGUCUUUUCGGUGUCAGCCUGUGAUCCAGAUGUAGGUGUCAAUUCCAAACUAUCUUAUUCCAUUGUGGAUACCGGAAAUCAUGGCUUGCCCAUCUCAACCUAUUUCCACAUCAAUCAAGAGAAUGGCAGUAUUUACACCUCCAGGGUUCUAGAUUAUGAGCAAGAAAAAGUCUUUCAAGUUUCAGUAGAGGUGAAGGAUUCAGGUUUCCCACCACUAAGCAGCACAAGCACUCUUCAUCUGUUCAUAGUGGAUCAAAAUGAUAAUGCACCUGUAAUUGUACACCCAGAAGUUCCCAAAGGUUCUGCCUUUCAUCAGUCACUUCUAAUCCCAGUGGAACCUGGAUAUCUAGUGACUAAAGUAGUAGCUGUGGAUGCUGACAGUGGCCAUAAUGCAUGGGUUUCAUACCAUUUGCUCCAUGAGACAAAUGAGGUGAAUGCUUUCAAAGUAGAAGACCACUCAGGAGAGAUCCGUGUCACUCGGACACUGAGGGAACCUGGAGUUUCUCACCGGUUGGUGGUAGAAGUGAAGGACAAUGGGGUGCCAUCUCUUUCAGCAUCAUUGAUUCUAAUAAUCUCCUCAGAGGAUAAUGCUGCACAGGACUUUACGAAGUCCUUGGACCUUCUCCCCAAGUCUCCUGCCAGGGCUCAGAAUUUAACUCUUUAUCUUAUCAUCUCUCUUGUGGCUAUCUCUCUAGUGUCUUGUGUAAUGAUGAUUAUUGUUGGAGCCAGGUGCUUCAAGUCUGGCUUCUGCAUCCCAAACUGGAUCAUAUCACACUGGUGUAAUAGGAGGACAGACCGGAAAUCUACCAUAAAUAUCAGUGGGUAUCCAAAUCCAGAAGGCUUUAUAAGAUACCUUGAAGUGAGUGGAGCUGGAGCUCAGAACUACAAGUCUUGUUUCUCCCCUAUGUCUGAGCAGGGAGAUUUCUUUUUUGUUAAACCUUUCAGUCAUUCCACUACAGCAGAAAGCAUUAUUGCCUUUGAACAAACAGGCAGUGCUUUGCAGAACCCCUCUGAUGCGGUAAGAUACACCAAGACAAUGCUGAAACAUUAUAUAAAUAUAUAUCUAUAGGGAUAUACAAAUAUUUGCAAUCUAUACUUAACAGAAACUCUGCCAUGAAUUUUUGUUUCACCUGAAGAUAUCAUCUUCAUGGAUAGGGAAUAGUUCUGUACUGUUUUUUUGCAAGUGAUUUUGAAUGCUUUUUAUAAAUAACCUGUUUUGCCAUUUGUCUCCACAUUGACAAUUGUCUUUGCUCCUCAAUGAGACAUCUGUAUUAAAAGAGAAUGAAGUUUGUUUUGUCAGUGAUCUUGGUCUUGGUAACUGUUAUUUUGAUUCUUUUACAGAUAGUCCUUGAUUUGUGACCACAUUUGGGGCAGGAAUUUCUAUUGCUAAGGAUAGUUAAGUGAAUCACACCCAACUUUACUACCUUUUUGCAGUGUUUGUAAAGCAAAUCACAGAAUCAUUAGGCGAACCCAACUUGUUCCAUUGACUUUACUUGUUGGAAGAUGGCUGGGAAGGUUGGAAGUAGCAAUCACAUGAUCCUGGGAUGCUGCAACCAUUUUAAGUACAUUCCAAUAGCCAAGUGCCCAAAUUGUGAUCUGGUGACCAAGGGAUGAGGACAAGUCAUAAAUCAAUUUUUUCAGCACUAUUUUAACUUUGAAUGGUCACUAAACAAAUAUCAUAAGUCAAGGACUACCUGCAUUCAGUGCAGCAAAUAAGUUUAAAAACAGAAAUCAAAUCUAGAAAAUUCAGUAAGCUGAUUAAAAUUAACAAUAAAAAGUAUUAAAACAAUCCAAUGAAUUAUUUGCCCUUUAGUAGAAAGUUCUUGGUGUUGUUACUGUGUCAAGAAGGCUUCAGUGUCAAUUUAGAUAAGGAACAGUAAAUUUAUUGAUGAAUAAAAAUUAGCAGAUGACAUUCAGAUGAAGUUCCUUCAGUUAUCAGUUAUUUGUACAGCAAAUGGUUGGGAGAAAAGUUCUGGACAGAUUUAACUGUUAACAAAAUUUAACUACCUUAACUUCAUUUCAGACUAAAACAAGCAAAACAUUUUAUAAAACCUAUUCAGGAGUGCAGAACAAAAGUUUCAGGAACAGUUUCCUGCUGAGUAUUAGAAAAACUUCCUAACCAGAAGUCCAGUUCAAUAUUAGAGGCUAGGCUUUCAAGGAGGCUUUAAUUUGGAUUCCUGGACUGAAUGGAAUGGAGUGACCUAAAUGAUCCUUUCCCAGUCUAUGGUUGGUUCCCUGAAAGGAUACUGUGGGAUAGGUAUUUAUUUCCUUGCU